AGGAAGAAAGAGAGAGCGUGUGUGUGUGUGCCCGCGUGAUCGCCUUGGAACGUCCGCGCGGCCGUUUCUUGGAAUUCGGCCAGAAACACUUUACCUGGGCUCCGAGAGGUGGCGCAGCACGCGCGCAGCAAGCGACGGCAGCGUAUCGACACCUUGCAGCAUCACAGGAUCAGCAUCAUAGCAGCAGCAGCAGUGGCGGCAGCAGCAGCAGCAGCAGCAUAGUAGAGGUAUACGUGAUAACGAUAUUCGUCGAUUAAACGCAUGCGGCGAUAGAAUGACGACGUCGGCGACGACGACGAUGACGACGAUGACGAUGACGAAAUGCCGGAAGAGUAGGCGAACAUCAGCAGCCUUCAGCGGCGUCUGCUGUGCGUUCGUGCUCGUGUUGGUGUUCGUGCCGGCGGUGGCAGCCGACCGCACGACAACGACGACGAUGACGAAGACGACGUCGACGACAGACGACGUGUGUGACAGCGUGUGCACGUGCAGGAGUCGGACUGUCACCUGCAUCCGACCGAACAGCCUGACCUCAAUUCCACAGCUGCCGAGUGACGAGUGGAUGGCUAACAUCUCCGAAAUAUAUAUUGAGAACCAGGACAACCUGACCGAGUUGAACGCAGAGUCGCUCUCGCGUUAUACGUAUCUAGAAAAACUGUAA